AUGAGAAAUGUUAUUUUGAGUUUUUCUAAAAUUAUGAUAUUUCAAGUUUGGGUGUUUUUGGGUCAAAAUUUGGGCACUACUUUUGAAGUAAGUGAGAUUAUCAAUUAUCACAGGCUUCUGAAGUGAUUAUUUCCCAGUUCCAUCUUUAUUCUACCUCUAACUAGCCUUGUCACUGUAUCAGGAGUAUAUUUGUAUAUGUGCAGUACUCCUUAUACUUUAAUGGGAUUGAUUCUUUAUACUGUUUAUCACCAACUGAUGAUUAUCUGUUUAUUACCUGCAUUACCAGAUUGAACUGUGAGAUCCCUAAAAACUGUUCCCUCCUCAUUGCCUAGUACCUGGCCUGGCAGAAGGAAGACCCUUACUAAGUAUUUGCUAACUGAAUGAAGGAAUAAGAGACAGAAGGUGGCAAAGUUUCCAAAUCCAACAAAGCUCCUGCAGGGGUAUUCAGGGGGACUUCUCAUUUCAUAAAACCUUUUGUAUUUCUCAUCUCCAUUAUGUCUAGCAGAGGAUGUGGACUGAAUUCUGGUCAUGUCAGGAAUAACAACCACCACAGGAGAUAAGGCUUUUGCCAUUCCAGUAUGUGUCUGCUUGGCUUUUCUGAUGGGUGACUUGAGACAGUUAUUAAUACUGUGUGAACCUCCAUUUUCUCAACUAUUAAAUGACAGUUAUUAAUACCCAGUUUGGAGGGUUAUUAGGGCAGUUAAAGGAGUUUAUGUAUGUAGAACAGUAUAUACUGUAGAACAGUCCUCGGUAAAUAGAGGUUGGCAUUAAUAUUUGCAUGGUAGGAUAUUCGGGUUUUUAAUGGCUGUCACAUGUUUCAUCUGCACAGAGAUGGCUAAUGAGUGGUGUUUGAUGAUUGAGGGAAAAUGUCUGUUGCUUAAUGAUGGAUAUUGUGAACCAGUUACCCAGACACUCCAGUAUUCAAAGAGAAAUUGAGAUCAAGCUCUUAAUUUAAACUCAGAAGCUUCUCUGAAGUGGUCUUCUGAGUGAGAUAUGGAAUAUUCUGGAAACUCUAUCAGAUCACAGGAUGGAAGCCCUUGAUGUGAAUCAGGUGUAUGGUGAGUCCUUAUUGAUGCUUCUUUUUAUGUAGUUCCUUCACAAGUGGCAGAUCCAGUGCUCAGUGCUCAGAGCCUGAGUGAUGGUGCAGUGGGCCAUAGAAGAACAAUGGAAAUGAGCAGAGCAUGUAUAAGUCAGAUUCCUGGGGUUUGGGAGGCAAGAAGGUGUGUGUGCUGUUUGAGGGAAUAACAUGUUCAUGAAUUCUGUUGUGUCAGACAGCUCUGUCUCUCUCUACUGUAAUUUGUGUAACUCCAAGGUGGAAUAUUUAACCUGUUUCUUAUGGGUAGCAAGAUCCAGAAAACCAUUUUUUGCUCCAGGUAACUCAGCACUUUGCCAGUUUAUGGAAUUAGUGUGUUUGUGGUAUGUUCUGUGCAUGGUGUGGAAUAGCUUAUAAGCAUGUUAUUACUGGAAUUGGAUUGGCUUCCGAGUUCAUGGCAUUUUUCUCUCUGAGGUUAUCUUUCUCAGAACCCUUUCUGUCUUCCUGAGGGGAAGAUUGAGGAGUCAAAGAUGGUGGCUGGGUUACUGAUGGAUUCUUCUCAGCACUUAGUGACCUUCGAGGAUGUGGCUGUGACCUUUACCCAGGAGGAGUGGACUUUGUUGGAUCAAACACAGAGAGAUCUCUACAGAGAUGUGAUGUUGGAGAACUACCAGAAUCUCAUUAUACUAGGAUACGAAUCAUGCAAACCUGAUCUCAACUCUCUAAUGGGAGGAGCAGAAGAGCUGAGGACAGGAGGGAGAGGAAUUCUGCAGGAAUUGGAUUUGCUCAAAACUAAAGGUUUCACAGCCCUUCAGGAUAUUUCUUUGGAAAAAACAUCAAAUGGAAUACAACUGGAGAGAAGCAAUGCUGGAGUGAAACGAUAUGGCUCUAACUUGUGUGGAAGAGCGUUUAGUGGACACUCAUUUAUGACUCCCAGUAGACAGAAAACUUCUAAGGGUAAUCAGAAUGGAAAAGCCUUUAAAAAGAACUUUAUUUGUACUCUGCUCACGGAAAUCCCCAUUGGGGAGAAAACUUCUGAGAGUGUCCAGCACAAUAAAGCCUUUGGUCAGCUUUCAGAUCUUACUGGGCACAAGAAAACUCAGACACGAGGAAACGUGUGUGAAUGCAAAGAGCAUCAGAGAACUUCUGUUAAUCAGUCAUCCCUUAAGGCACACAGGAGACACCACACUGGAGAAAAACCAUAUGAAUGUAAAGACUGUGGGAAGGUCUUCACUCAUUCCUCGUACCUUACAGAUCAUAGAAGAAUUGACAGUGGAAAAAAGCCCUAUGUGUGCGUGGAAUGUGGGAAAGCCUUUACUCGAUCCACAGGACUUAUUUUACACAUGCGAAUUCACACUGGAGAAAAACCAUAUGAAUGUAAGGAAUGUGGAAAAGCUUUUAUUCACUCUUCAUACCUUACAAAACACGUAAGAAUUCACAAUGGAGAAAAGCCAUAUUUAUGUGAGGAGUGUGGGAAAACUUUCACUCGCUCCUCAGGACUUGUCUUACAUGUGCGAACACACACUGGAGAGAAACCCUAUGUAUGUAAGGAAUGUGGGAAAGCCUUUAAUAAUUCUUCAAUGCUCAGUCAGCAUGUCAGGACACACACUGGCGAGAAGCCAUACGAAUGCAAGCAAUGUGGGAAAGCUUUCACUCAGUCUUCAGGCCUUACCACACACUUAAGAACUCACACUGGAGAGAAGGCCUUUGCAUGUAAAGAAUGUGGGAAAGGUUUUGCCCGUUCUACGAAUCUUAAUAUGCACAUGCGAACGCAUACUGGCGAAAAACCGUACAAAUGUAAAGAAUGUGGGAAAGCCUUUAGGUACUCCACGUGCCUUAAUAUUCACAUGCGAACUCACACUGGAGAGAAACCAUAUAAAUGUAAGGACUGUGGGAAAACCUUCACUCAAUCUUCAGCACUUGCUAAACAUUUAAGAACUAAGGCAUGUGGAAAAACCUGUAAAUGUUCUUCAGACCUUAGUAUUCACAUCUAAACUCAUCUGGAUAAAAAGUACCUUAUGAAAGUAAAGAAUGUGUGAGAAAGCUUUACUCAUUUUUCAUCCUUACAUGAUAGGAACAUCCUGGGGCAGAAUUUGCAUGCAUAUAAGGCAUAUGGGAGAGCAGUAAUUGUUCAUACUUUACAGAAUGUAAAGUGUAAGAACUCACACUUGAGAGAACCUUCCAGUUAUAAGGUAUGUGGGAGAGCCUUUU